UUCCUUCUUCCCUGUUAUGUAUUGCGAUUGCGUUGAUGGAUAUAUGCUUCGGGGUGGAACCGUUUACAGCUGCGUGCUUUGUUUCGUUACCGUGCGCUUGAUCUUAUGCCUUGUGCAUUUUAUUGUACAUUUUAUUAAGCAUUAAGCUAUACUAAACUCAUCCGUUGCUUCUGUGUAUUUUGAAUGUGUUACUGCUCAGUGUGGCGUUUUCGAUCAUCGUGAUCAACUAUAUCGCAUAAUUCGCAGUGUGUAUGUUUCGGUGUGCGUGUUUUUUUCUAUCAAGAUCCCCAUCCCAGCUGUGUAUCACGAUGCAAUGCGCAAACUGUAUCCUAACGAGCUUGUGAGCAUCGUGCCGCUUUAGUUUUUCUUCAAUUUAACUCCCUCCACCCUUCAUCACACCCACCCUGGGACAGGUGCGGUAACCUAAAAAGUCCCACUAAAAUGGAUCGACCCCGCGGUUCGAUGUUUUUUACUAAAAGAUCUGAACACUACGACAAUCUUAAAAGGCAGCAGCAGCAAAAGCAACAGCAACAGAAUCAAUCGCAAAAGCAGCAGCUACUGUUACAAAAGCUACAGCCAAUAAAGCCCCAAAAUCAAACCACCAACGAAGACAACAGCCUCGUACGGGUUGGGUACGUAAACAGCCCGAGCUCAGGUGCUGCCAGCGGUACAAGACAACAGGUUGUGAGCGACUCGAGUAAUACGGCAACCAUUGUCACUAUAGAACUGCCGUGGAAUCCAAUUAUAAAGGCCGGAGCGCAAUCGCCUGCAGCUGCUUGUACGGCACCGAGUGCCCUUUCGCCUCAUCAAACGAUAACGUCCGUUGGAUCGGGUACGGGUGCUGGUAGUGAACCGAACAGUUCUCAGUUGCCAGUGCUACGGUUACAAACCGUACCGUCUUCCCAGUCGACAGGAUCGUCUACCCUUCGUACCAUCAACGGGACGACAACGAUCGUCCUAACGGGUAGUGGAACCGUUCCACCCGCCGAUAGUAACGAUCGAUCGUCGCUGAAGUGUUUGGAAACGCUUGCCGAGAAGGCGGGUAUCACGUUUGACGAACCGUACGACUUUCUUCCCGACACGCUGGAGAAAUCCCAGAGUCCGGCGCAGGUGGCGCAGCAGGCCCCGGUGCCACUGCAGCUAUCGCAAGACCAAAUAUUCCAGUACCAGCAAAUUCAAGCGUACGGUGGCACGAUCCAGGUGAAGCAGGAGUACACACCAACACCGACCGGACAGCCCGGUUCGGCCGGUGUUGAUCAUCAGCAGCAACAGCAGCAACAAAUUCAGCAGCAACAGCAGCAACAACAGCAAGCCCAGCAGCAGCAAGCACAGCAGCAACAGAUGCAGGUCCUGGCGGAAGCAAGCGGUGUGGCACCGUCCCAAAGCCCACAUCAUGCCCAAACACUACAGCAGCAGGCCGCCCAACAGCAGCAACAGCAACAACAGCAGCAGUCUGCAGCGGCGGCCGCAGCAGCCCUUAACACCAUGUCACCGCUGCAAGCGAUGACGACAGGGCAACAGCUAUCGUCCACCGAUUGGCCUCACGGCCGUAUGGUCGUGCAGCAGCCAAUCUCGAACGCACAAUACCUCCAGCAACUGUACGGCACGCAACCGAUUGUAUUCCCACCGCUGGGCGGCCAGCAACAGUUUCAACUGAUCACGGCUUCCAAACCGUUCCAAGGCACCCCACAAAUGCUGACGACGACAACCGGCAAGCAGGUGAUUGGGACGACCGGAGCGGGCAAUUUUAACGGUCCCUUCACGUUCUUUUCACCCGUCAGUGUGGUCAACUCGCAGCCACAAGCACAAGCGCAAAAUUUACUUCCCGCGCUUAGUGCGACCGCUGCACAGUCUGCCGUGGCUGCUGCAACCGGUGCAACUGGCAACAAAGCUGGCUCCACCCACCAGCAGGAUAUGCAAAAAGCGCUCCAAAACGCUGUCGCCGCAGCCUCAGUUGCCGGAGCCACAUCGGGCCAAAAAGUGCAGCUACAGAAGCUUGGGACGGCGACGGGAUUAACCGGUGCGGCUGGUACUGCGCAGCAACAGAAUUUGGCUGCACUUACACAACAGCAAGCGGCAGCCGCAGCCGGACAGCAAUGCGUACAGGUGUCCCAAACACCAAUGCAAACAGCACAGCUGCUCAGUCCGCUGCAGCAGCAAGGCCCACAACAGAUGCAAUUCUCAACCCAGUGGCCCCUGCCGGGGCAGAUUUGGUCCACACCGAACGGUCUUGUGGCAUCGAAUCCGAUCAUCAUACGCGGCACUAAUCCGGACGGCACGCCGAAUGUGUUCUUUCCGAGUACGCAACAAACGCUUCAGCAAGCGCCACAGACUCAUAAUCCAACUCUUGCACUGCCCUGCACGAUCACUCAAUCACCGCAACAGGUUACGCAGCAGCAACAACAAGUGCAACAGCAACAGCAGCAACAAUCAGGCGGGCAAGGAAAUGUUAAUCAAAACACAGGAGCGUCCGUUGGACAGGGCGGACCACUCGGUGCUGCAAACGCUGGAACCGCACAAUCCAUCGGACCGGGUGGUACAUUGCAGACGCAAAAGACGCUCACUGGACCGCUUGGUACGAAGCAAGGCCAAAGGCCCCAGAUACUGCCGCAGGGCACAUCACCCAUUCGUCCGUCCGUGUCAACACAGACGGCCCAAGCGCAACAGAGCCUGCUAAACAAAGCGGGUAACAAGAUGCGUACGAAGCAACCGAUGGUUCGUCCAUCGGCACCGAUUAUUAAGACGGAGCUAGGAACCGGUACAACGACACCACAAAAGCUUGGCCAAACUACUAGCCAACCGACGACACCUCAGCAGCAACUGCAACAAGUUGUUACUAGUAGUGGAAAAAUGGUGUUAAUGAACGCAGGUACUGCACUCAGUCCCGCUGUGCUCAAUAUGCCCCUUUUGGGCGACAGCAAGCAGCAGCAACAGCAGCAACUACAGCUCCAGCAACACAUCAAAUCAGCUCAGCAACAACAGCAGCAGCAGCAGCAGACGAACAAUCAACACAUUUUGCUACAACAGCAGGCUAUUUAUCAACAACAAAUGAUGCAACAGCAGCACCAACAGCAUCAGGCACAGCAUCAACAAGCACAGCAACAAGCCGCUGCCCAACAGCAGCAGAUACAACAGUUGCAGCAGCAAAUUCUCCAACAAGCCGUAGUGGGACAAGCAAAUCAAGCGCAGAUGCUUACGAAUGCGGCACAGCAGGGCCAACUGGUUCAGGCGGCAACGGCUGGUAGUACGCAGCAGGGCAACAUUGUGCACCAGCUCGUGUUCCAGCAGGGGCAACCGAAUCAACCCGGCAUGAUGAUCAAUGUUUCCUCCGACGCUUUGCUGCAACAACAGCAAGUGCAACAAGCACAGCAGCAGCAACAGGCUCAGCAGCAACAACAGCAGCAGCAGGUGCAACAGCAGCAGGCACAACAAAAUGCACUUCAAGCACUGGCCAGUCAACAGACGGUUGGUGGUCAGGCUGGAAAGGGUGGUGCAACGGUUGCCACCACCACGCAGAUGAUUAUGGCCACCUCUCUGGGGCAACCCGGUGGUGCUGAUCGUACCACUAUCGUAUCGCAGGGUGGUCAGGCGUUGCAGAUCGAUCGUAAUUUGCUGCCAGUGUCCAUCACCAGCAUGGCGGGUAAUCCGAUUGUUGUCACGAGCAAUGGUGCCACCAUUUCGCCCAUCCAUCAAACGGCCAAUCAUGCGAAUGCUGCCACAACCAAUGUUGUCGCUGCCGGUACACUGCAGUCCACCCAGCAGCAUCAUUCACAGAUUCUGGUUUCCUCGAUGCCCAGCUCGGUGCACCAGUCCGGACCGAAUCCAAUCGUUGCGAUGACAUCCCUUUCCGCCGCUCCGAUGUCAGUUGCGUCGAUCAUCAGUUCGGGCACGAUACCUUCGAUUUCAUCCGGUGCCAUAACGACAACCGCUUCACUCGGACAGCAGCAGGCAACACUGGUGGCGGCAUCGACCGGUGCUACUACCAACGCACUGCUUAACGCCGGCAAGGAACAGGACCCGAAAGCAAUCAGUGUAGCGAUGCAUCAGUUGCAGCAGCUUUCGACACCUCAGAAACAGAUCCAGCAGCAGCAGCUGCUGGACAAUAUGAAUGCUAUUGCUGCGGCGGCCACUAGUAGCAUGCUUGUUGGUUCACCCAUUGUUGCGGGAAGUGUGGCAGGCAUGACCUCCCUUCCUGGCUCACCGGUCACUUCAACGGCGAUGAGUAUCAUGAGCGCGGGAGGCAAGAUACCGACCUCAAUGGCACAGGGUGGUGGUCUGAUGGGUUCACCGCAGGCAACAGUUGGUGGUGUCAAGUUGGGCAUGUUCCAAACGCAAGGCAGUCAACAGCUUCAAUCUGGAAUCAUCGGUGCAUCGAUCGACGGUUCGGGGAAGGAAAAGUUGCCCGCCGCAUCUGGCGGUACGGAAGCGAAAGAUUUGGAUCAAUCAACAUCGACUGCUGGUACACUUGCCACGGAUAGCGCAUCCGAUGGCCAAAUGAACGGUAUCGCUAGUACUCCGAUGGAUACAACGCCUGCACCCGGUACCGGCACAACGGUGACCAAUUCCAACGGAUCCACUACCGAUGCGUCAACUUCUUUGUCAUCGCUCACCUCAACCACGACCGUACCUUCAGUACAGUCUGCCUCAGUAUCUCCCACCUCUGUUACAACCGUGAGUAGCGGUGUAACCACAACCCAGAAUUCAUCAGCGACAGCCACUGCACCAACCACCGGGUCAGCUGAUGAUGCGUCAAAAGAUUUCAAUGCAGCAACGUCGACGGUGUCAUCGGGUGCUUCUACCACCGCUACCACAACGAUGACGACCGGUGCCGCUACAUCUACUACUUCGUCAUCCCCAAUGCCUACGACAGCGAUCGCAACGGUUACGGGCACGUCAGCAAUACCGGUUAGUAACAUUGGCCCCAAUGGAUUGCUCUCAACGAACGGAAGUGUGUCUACCGCCGGGUCGAUUGCAACGUCUUGUGUUACGACUCCAUCCACCGGUGGAUCGACCGGUGGUUUGCCACCGAAGACAGGCAGUAGCGCAGAUAAGGGUGGAAUUCCAAAGGCGACAAUCAAACCGAAUGUGCUGACGCACGUUAUCGAGGGGUUCGUGAUACAGGAAGCGAAUGAACCAUUUGCCGUACAGCGGCAAAGAUAUCCGGAACGGGACAGCUCCGAUGAACCACCGAAAAAACGAUCUACGAAUGAUGGAAAUAGUCCUCUUUCACCAUCGAAUCAAACAGGCGAUACGGGCAACUGUGAGGUAUGCGGCAAGGCGGAAAUGCGCAGCAAGAUGAAGCGGAAACGAUUCUGCAGCGCAUCCUGUGCACGUUCAGCCAAGCAAGGCUCUCCGGAUCAGAUAUCAUCGUCGGUACAAAAUGGUGGAACCGGAGUAGCGAUUUCAACAGCACCUCCAACAACACCAACAACGGUAGCAACGACGGUAGAUCCUUCGAUCGUUGGUUCCAUGAACGGUAUGCUCGGUACCGCAUCCAACCCAUCCGGUGUUGUAGUGCCAGGUGUCGAUCCUUCACUCGGUGCCCUUCCGCUUGCGGCGCUAGCCGCUUCGCCGAUGUUAAAUCCUGCCAUUGGAGGAGUUCUGCCCAACAUUAAGCUGGAUUUGGAUCAGCAACAGCAGAUGCAGGCCGCCGGAGUACUUCAACCGGGUACACUCGCACAACAGCAGCAGCUGUUGCAGCUUCAACAGCAACAGGGUCUACUACAACCGGCGGCGAGCGGUAUGGCACAAGGACAACCAACGUCGGCCAUGCUGAUUGCGGACGUUCCGGCAUCACCAGUGACACCAGUGGCAGUAGCGGCUGCUGCUGCGGCCGCUGCCGCUGCUGCUGCCAAUAGCGAUGAAGGAUCCUCCAUACUGCGAUGGUCGGUACAGGAUGUGUACGACUUCAUUCGGGGCCUUCCGGGUUGUGCAGAUUAUGCGGAAGAUUUCGUCAACCAAGAGAUCGAUGGUCAGGCGUUGCUGCUGCUAAAAGAAAACCAUCUCGUCAGUACGAUGGACAUGAAGCUUGGGCCGGCAUUAAAAAUUGUGGCGAGAGUCAACCUCAUGAAGGCAACCGUCGCUCCAACGGAAGGACAACCGCAGCCCGCACCGUAAGCUCUCUUGGGGUGCAAUUUUGUUGCAUCUUUACAAAAGUGUAAAUACAGGUUGUAAAAUUAAAAAUACGUUAGAGUAUUGUUCUUAGCACAUGUCAGUAGGGGAUAGAGGAGGAAUCGUACACAAAAAGAGUCACUGGAGAAAAAGAAGGUAUCGUCAGCAUAACAAAGAUUGGAAAAUCAAAACGAUUAAUUUAUUACAUCUUUCUUACAUAUUCGUUCCAACCUAUUUUGCUGUACAUCUUCCACCAUUAAUAGAACUGAUUAGAAUUUUCUGUAAGAAAUAUUACACACAAGAAAUGUAGCCACUAAGCUAGGGUGUCAUUGAAAUGUUUUAGCAUUUAAUGUAGCAGCAACGUACGAAAUAGAAUAGCAGCAAUGUCAUUAACAUUAUUUAGAUUUCUCUCGGUAAACUGAAUUUCAAAGAAAAUCUGCAUACUAUAAUGUAAAUACCUAGGUAGACUAAAGAACUAUACAGAUUACUGUAUUAAUAUUAUAAAAAGAACCCCAAAAAACGCCCGCUCGUAUCAUAUUUUAUAAUGAUUUGUGUGAAGGAGCUUUCAAAAUUACAACUAUGUAAAGAAAUUUCUUUUUCUUCAGUAUGUUACGUUUACGUUGAAACUUGACCAAUAUGAAAAGCUCUAAAUCAAGCAAUGAAAUUGAAAAUGAAACAAUUGUGGAUAGGAGAUUAGAAAUCGGUGAACACAAAGCCUUGAGACACAGGCAAACAUAUUUGCUUUUAGAGCGAAUUUUAGCGAGCAAGUGUGCAUGUUCAUGUUGAGAGAAAGGCAGCAAAGUAGUUCCGCCAUUAUUUAUCACUAUUGGGCGAUGUAAUUUUCUAAACGAAACUACUUCCGUGUAGAAGUAAGGGCGCUUAGCAACGCUUGUAACUGACGUGUGACUGUAUAGCGCUAAUAAGGAGUAAAAAAGUAUAUUCUUUUUUGCAAAAUGUACAUGUUAUUUGAUAAAGUGGGGGUAAAAAUAUACAUAUGCAAGCAAAUUUUUAAACAAACUGA